GUUAUGAAGCCACGCAAUUUCUGCUCCAUACCGUCUUUCUCUCUCCUUUAAAAUUUUCGUUUUUCUCUCUCCUCUGUUUCCGCCAUUAUAUAACUUCAUCUUCUGUGUUCUUCGUCUCCUACCCUUUUUUCACUUGCCUUAUUUCUACAGUGAUUCAAUGAGCAGUGUUUGUGCUGAGCAACAGAAAUUUCAGUUUCAAUUUCAACUGCCUUCUUCUUGUUCUAAGAUUCUUGAGGACAUUAACGGUGAAAUGUGCUCUGAUUCGCCGCGAUUUUCGUUUGCUGUCGAAUCUCUUUUGCAGAAAUUUUUGCCGUUCAACGGCGAGGAUGUAGCGGAGGAAGACGGUGAUCCGUAUUCGUCCGAUCAUUUUCGGAUGUAUGAGUUUAAGGUGUGGAGGUGUACUCGUAGUCGGAGCCAUGACUGGACGGAUUGUCCGUUUGCUCAUCCUGGAGAGAAGGCGCGGCGACGAGAUCCUCGUCGGUUUCAUUACUCUGGCACGAUGUGUCCGGAUUUUCGACGCGGCGGUUGUGACCGUGGUGAUGGAUGUGAGUUCGCUCAUGGAGUUUUCGAGUGUUGGCUUCAUCCAGCGAGAUAUCGGACUGAGGCUUGUAAAGAUGGAAAGAACUGUAAGAGGAAGGUUUGUUUCUUUGCUCAUUCGCCUCGUGAGCUUCGUCUUUUACCGCCGGUGAGUAAUUUUCAAGGCGGCUCUUGUUCUUCGCCGAAUAAGAGGAGUUCUACUCUCAGAUCGGCCGCCGCUGGUUCGAACCACGGCUGUUUAUUUUGCCAUUGCGGCGGAGCCGCGACUUCCUCGCCGACAUCGACGCUUAUCGGAAUGUCUCAUCUCUCUCCGCCACUCUCUCCGCCACUCUCGCCUGUAAAACCUCAGUCGCUAAAUGGAUUUUCACCGAUUUCAAGGUACAAUCCAGAUCCGUCUAAGUUAAAUGGAGUAAUAAGCUAUAAAGAUUCAAUGACCGAGCUCAUGAACUCAAUUGAAUCCAUGAAUAUCGACGAAUUGAACGCCGCUUUAGCCGCCUCCGCCUCAAGACAGACGAUUCCUUGGAUCGACGUUUCGUCUCUCAACACUGAAGAUCAACUCCAGUUUGUUCUCUCACCUUCCACUCCAAAUGUCUCCGCCGCAUCGGUUAACUUUUCCGUCAAUAACAAAGGUAACGCCGACAAUGGCUGGGCCUCCGCCUCUGCCUCCGCCUCCGAUCCAGAUCUCGGAUGGGUUAACGAUCUUCUGAUGUAAACUAAGAAGAAGAAGAAGAACUGUAAAUAUUACACCAUCCGUAUAUAUAUUUGGGUAUCAUAUAUAUAUAUGGUGAUUAGGUGUAAAAAAAAUAUGGCAUUAAUAAUUAUUGUGAAUUAUUAUUUUGCAAAUUGUUGGGGAAAAAAGCGGCUGAUUUUCCAUUUACAAUUUAUGUGUUUGUUGGUUGUCUGUAUUAUUAGGAACUGAGAUCGUUGUCCUGUAUUGUAUUCUCAUUUCUCUCAAAUGUAGUAUUAUUAUUUUAAUGCAUUUCCCUUUUUUAUUU